AUGUUGCUCGAGGAACAGAAAGGGGCUCUUCACCCGGACGUCAAGGAUCAGAGGUCCGAUCCAAAAGACAAGUCCUGUGACCCUGCGGUCUUUGACUAUGUCGUCAACACAGCUGAAUUGUCCUUUGCCAAACAGAAAAUGGCUACAGCAAGGAUUUGUAAAGCCUAUCUAUACUUCAAGGACCGUCUUAAAGCCUCGUAUCUUCCUUGGGGCUUGACGGAUUAUGGUAUUAUAUGCGGUUAUAAUCAAAUCCCUCUUAUUCCCUUACAGGUAGGUACAGACACUUCCAACUUGAGAAAGGCAGACCCCAAAGGUCGGAGUGCCCUAUUGGCUGAUAUCCAGCAAGGAACUCGCCUACGGAAAGUCACGCAGAUCAAUGACCGCAGUGCCCCACAGAUUGAGAGCUCUAAAGGAACCAACAAAGAAGGAGGAGGGUCUGCAAACUCUCGAGGCGGAAGCACACCCCCAAGCCUGGGAGAUCUGUUUGCUGGUGGCUUUCCUGUGCUGAGACCAGCCGGCCAGAGGGAUGUGGCAGGUGGCAAGAUAGGGCAGGCCCCUGGCUCCCGAGCACCUUCUCCCCGGCUGCCCACGAAAGCUCUUGGUGGCCCACUUAACCCCCCUGCAUCUCCCAGGCUAGGCAGUGCCUCGGAGGCUCAUGGCACCUCCAGGACAGUCCCUCCUCGCCCCAGCAUGCCUGCCCCACCGCCACCCACCCUACCCCCACCUCCUCCACCCCUACCCCCACCCCUGCCCCCUUCCUCCCCCACCAAAGCUCCACUGGUAUCCCCACCUGGCCCGCCCACCAAAGGGAACACCCCAGGGGUUGCUCCCCCUCUCCCCUCUGCACCUCCCCCUCCUCCUCCACCCCCACCCCUCCCUCCUACCACACCCCCAUCCUCCCUGACCUCUGUUCUCAGUGACAAGGCCUUGAAGCCUCAGUUAGCCCCCUUGCCCCUGCCACCCAUCCCACCCCCACUCCCUCUCCUCCCCCCUUGUGGGUAUCCGGGGCUCAGUGCAGAUGCUGCCAGCCCCACCCAAGAUAUUCGGGAGCCUCCUGCCCCACCGCCUCCGCCACCCCCACUCCCUCUUUAUACCUCCUGUACCCCGAGGUUGUCUGUGCCUGCUCCUCCUUUGCCAGGAGCUAACAACAACAGUGAGGCUCCACUCCUCCCACCCCCCAAGUCCCCCAGCUUCCAGGCCCAGCCACCCAAGUCCAGUGCGCAGGCCUUGCCGACACCGCCAGCCCCUCCAGGAUCGCAGCCAUUCCUGCAGAAGAAGAGGCCCGGCCGAGGCCCAGGGACCAGCGGGGGGAAGCUAAAUCCACCCCCAGCACCCCCUGCGAGAUCACCCACCACAGAGCUUUCAAGCAGAAGCCAGCAGGCCCCAGCCUGGACCCCAGCACAGCAGCCGGGAGGUCAGCUGCGCAACGGAAGCCUGCAUAUCCUCGAUGACUUUGAAUCUAAAUUCACGUUCCAUACCAUGGAAGACUUUCCUCCUCCAGAUGAAUAUAAACCAUGCCAGAGGAUUUACCCCAGCAAGAUCCCCAGAAGCCGCACGCCUGGUCCCUGGCUGCACACAGAGGCCACAGGGCAGAGCUCGGAUGACAUCAAAGGCAGAAAUUCUCAGUUAUCACUAAAGACACUCCGGUGAGAAGACAGAGGAAGCCAAUGUCCUGUGAGCCGCCUGGGGGUCCACAUCGCCAGAUGGGCUUCCCCAGAAGAACGUGUCUGGCCUUGCCAUACUUAAGUUGCAAUUCAUUUAACAUGCAAGCUCUGAGUGGAGCAUAUAUUUAUUGUAAAUACGUGGUUUGCACAGGCUUUAAAUCAGUAUGACAGCUCUUAUUUGCAUAAUUUAAAAAAAACACACCCGUAUUAUGUUUCUCCAUUUUCCAAGGAUGCAUCUUGGCAUUCAUCCAUCAUACCGAUAGCGCCCUGUCCCCGCCCCAUGGUGUCCAUUCCAUGACUGUAAAUAAUGCGUGUGGACUGGCCCUUCCUAGAUUCUGAACCAUUUUUAGAAGAUUCCCUCGUUUGCAAGUAGUCCCAAAGUCAUAGUCCCCACAGCGGCUUCUUAUCGGCAUGAUUCUAUAUUCUCCUCACACACACACUGCAAAAUCAAACCCAGUAAUGCCUUAUAAACAUUGCAGCUCAGAGAGAGCAGUGUGUCCCCCCACCCAGAUAAGGCCACACAGCCUCCGGUGAACGAGAUGCCAUGUCUCGCUUCCGUUUUGCAGUACAGGGAUUUUUUUUUUCUGCCUCAUGUAAAUAUGACCCAAAAGAAAGGCAAGAGUGGGCUUGGCCCCUCCGAUGCCAAGCACAGGGCCCUUUUGUAACAGAAAGCUCCUACAAGUAGCCAACGCCCUUCCUGUUUACAGUGCCCCCGGUGCCCACGUGCCCCUGGCUUUCCUCCUGUCCCGCCUAAGUUCCCAACUCCUUCCUGGCUUCCAGGGUAAGGCGAGAUUCAUGAGAUUUAGGUUUGUUUUUUUUUUUCUGCAAGUUAGAAACCUAUGUAACUCAUUAUUAU